CGAAAAUCGGAAUGAAAAGCGCUUGUCAUCAUUCCCUACUAUGCUCCUCACCUCUAUCAGCUGAAGGUGCAAGCUGCAUCCUGCGGGACCUUUGACAACCUUACCCUCUCAACCGCUAGCCAACUCGAUGCAUCACUUAACUUCACUGCGGUCCCAGUUUUCUGACGCUGAGAUGGAUUAUGAGAGACCAAACGUCGAGACCAUCAAAUGUGUGGUGGUUGGAGACAACGCCGUCGGAAAAACUCGACUCAUCUGUGCGCGAGCUUGCAACGCUACUCUGACCCAGUACCAGCUCCUGGCCACACACGUGCCGACCGUCUGGGCCAUAGACCAGUACCGAGUCUGCCAGGAGGUGUUGGAGCGCUCCAGGGAUGUAGUUGAUGAUGUCAGCGUGUCCCUGCGUUUGUGGGAUACUUUUGGGGAUCACCAUAAAGACCGGCGGUUUGCGUAUGGAAGGUCUGAUGUGGUGGUCUUGUGCUUCUCUAUAGCCAACCCGAACUCUCUAUUUCACGUGAAGACCAUGUGGUAUCCGGAGAUUAAACAUUUCUGUCCCCGUGCACCUGUCAUCCUGGUUGGCUGUCAGUUGGACCUGCGAUAUGCCGACCUGGAGGCCGUGAACAGGGGCAGAAGGCCUCUGGCCAGGCCGAUCAAGUCCGAUGAGAUCCUGGCUCCGGAGAAGGGUCGUGAGGUGGCCAAAGAGCUGGGCCUGCCUUACUACGAGACCAGUGUGGUGGCCCAGUUUGGGGUGAAGGACGUGUUUGACAACGCCAUCCGCGCCGCGCUCAUCUCGCGACGACACCUGCAGUUUUGGAAGUCCCAUCUACGCAACGUACAGCGGCCCCUCCUGCAAGCCCCUUUCCUGCCGCCCAAACCCCCACCCCCCCUCAUCACUGUCCCGCCUCCCCCCUCCGCCGCAGAGAGGCCCCCUGCCCGGCUGCUGGAGGACCCGCUGUGUGCCGACGUCGUGCUGGUCCUGCAAGGUCACCAGCGUGUUUUUGCUCAUAAGGUUUACCUGGCCACAGCUUCCUCCAAAUUCUACGACCUGUUCUUAACAGACACACGAGCCGAGGCAGAGGUCCAGCGUCCCGGCCGACAGCCGGCCGCGGGCGCCGCCGGUGUUGACGUACCUGACAGUCGUGACGAGGAGAAUAAGGCGAACGUCGAGGAAUGCCCCAGUGAUGGGGCUCUGCUCGGAGGAGCCGUGGAUUUGGACGGAGACUCAGCGGAUGGGAGAACGGGAAAGCUCCAGUCGUCCUGGGGGCGGGCCUUCAUCAGCAUCCAGAGGGAGUUGGUGGAGGAUCCUGUCACGAACUCACCACGUCCUAUAACGGUGGUCCACAUGGACCCGUCUGUGCUGAUUGGUCCGUUUCGCGUCGUGCUACGCUACCUCUACACGGGCCAGCUGGACGAGGGCGAACGAGACCUGAUGCACAUCGCCCACAUCGCUGAGCUGCUGGAGGUGUUUGAUCUGCGUAUGAUGGUUGCCAACAUCCUCAAUAACGAAGCAUUCAUGAACCAGGAAAUCACCAAGGCCUUUCAUGUUCGAAGGACCAAUCGCGUGAAAGAGUGCUUGGCCAAAGGAACCUUCUCAGAUGUAGUUUUUAAACUGGACGACGGCACCGUACACGCCCACAAGCCCCUGCUCAUCUCCAGCUGUGAUUGGAUGGCUGCCAUGUUCGGAGGGCCUUUUGUUGAAAGCUGCACCAGAGAGGUGUUGUUCCCGAACACUACACGGAGCAGCAUGCAGGCUGUGCUGGAGUACCUCUACACUGGACGCUUCUGCCCCAGACCGGACCUGGACGCCAUGGAACUCCUCAUCCUGGCAAACCGCCUCUGCCUGCCACACCUGGUCGCCCUCACAGAGCUUUACACUGUGAACGUGCUGAAGGAGGCUGUUGCCAUGGGAACAGACAUUGAUGGAGAGGUAUUGUUAUACCUGGACAUGGCUCAGUUUCAUUGUGCCUACCAGUUAACCGACUGGUGCCUUCACCACAUCUGCACCAACUACAACAACGUGUGUCGUAAAUUUCCCAGAGACGUGAGGGCCAAAUCAGCAGAGAACCAGGAGUACUUUGAGAAGCACCGUUGGCCUCCGGUGUGGUAUCUGAAAGAAGACGACCACUAUCAGAGAACACGGAAAGAGAGAGAGAAAGAGGAGUGUUUGUACCAGAAACGACAGAGCAAGAAAAAAUGGGCUCUCUGGAACCUUCCCUCAUCCACCCCAAGCCCCCCCUCUUCAUCAUCAUCACCCUCCUCUUCCUCCGACUCAGCAGCCAUCCUCUGAUCACACACAGCGGAGAGAGAGUAA